AUGGCUAUCUCAGAUGGCGCUCUUUUUAUGGUACUGGCCAAUGUAAUUUUGACUCUGGCUGCUCCCCGAGCUUCGCCGAUCGUUGACCUCAAAUAUGCCCGAUAUCAAGGAAUUGCAAACGCAACAUUGGGAACCACCUCAUACUAUAGCAUCCCUUUUGCCGAACCACCUACUCAAAAUUUGCGAUGGCAGCCACCCGCGCCGAUUGAGAACUCCAGCGUGUACAAAGGAAAUCCACUCCAAGAUGCCACCAUACCAGGUGUAGCAUGCAUUCAAACCACACCACAAUGGGGAGUUCAACUGCUGGCUGACCUCCAAGACGGCAAAAUCGGAAGCCCGCUGGCAAGAGCGGCAUUCGGUACCAGCAGCCUUAAUCAGACCCAGAGCGAAGACUGUCUGCGCCUUGAUAUAGUCGUUCCAAAUCGCCCGAAAUCUCAAAAGCUCCCGGUUGUUGUGAUGAUUCAUGGAGGAGCCUAUGUUAGCGGAAGCUCUCUCACAGCGGACGGAAAUGCAUUCGUGUCUGAAUCAAAUGGCGCAGUCAUAUCUGUCUCCAUUCAAUACCGAUUAGGACCGUAUGGCUUCCUGGCCAGUAAGGAAAUCAAGCAAGAUGGCACCGCCAAUGCUGGUCUUUUAGAUCAACGUCUAGCACUUGAUUGGGUUCAACGACACAUUUCUACAUUCGGCGGAGACCCAACAAAAGUCACUAUAUGGGGUGGGAGUGCUGGCGGCGGCUCUGUUGGCCUUCAGAUGAUGCUUUAUGGCGGAGUUGCGAAUCCGCCAUUUCGAGGUGGAAUUUCAGAGUACCCCGGAUUUGUUCCAUUCCAUAAUUCCGAAACUCAAGCAGCCGCAUAUCAUGAUCUUCUUACAUUGACGGGCUGCUCCAGCCUCAAGUGUCUACGAGCCUUGCCAGCCGCAAACCUCGCAAACGCUUCUCAAGAAAUAUAUGCUCUUGGUUAUGCUGCUGGGCGAUAUGGGUAUGGCGAUCCCUACUUCGGCCCCGUGGUUGAUGGGAAUAUCAUUCGGGAUCUUCCCUCAACGGCGUUUAAAGUAGGCCACUUCUCGAAAAUACCUAUAAUUUGCGACCGAGAAGCGUACGAAGGGUUCGCCUUUACCAAUUUCUCCAUCAACAAGGACGACCAGGUCCUCCCCGAUGUCAAAGCUUUUUGGCCAAAUGUCGAUCCAGCGAGUUCUUAUUUUUCAAAUCUAAUGAAUCUCUACCCUAAGACCGAUUUCCAACUAUUCCUGGACCCUAUCCUUGCCUUGUACGCAGCACUAGUGCCUCAAACACUUCUGAAUGUGCCCUUCUACCAACGUGCAGGUAUCUUUGGUGAUGCCGUGAUCAACUGCCCCUCCUAUUAUAUGGCAGAGGGAGUUUCUAACUAUGGCACACCCGCAUGGAAAAUGAGAUUUGCCGCCGGUAACGAGGCACAUGGUUCCGCUGCCAGUUUUACUUUGCAACCAUCGGCCACAUCAGGGAACCUAUUCCUGGCACGCCAGCUGAAGGAUUACUACGUCUCUUUCAUCACCACAUUAGAUCCUAAUGCAUUCACGACUUUUUUGAAACCUGUGUGGCCACAGUACAAACCAUUUUCUUACCAGAUUCUCAAUGUUGAGCAGCUAACUGUUGAUUCAAGGCGAGACCCGGAUGCGUCGAGUCGGUGUGCCUUUUUCCGGAGCCAGAAUGAGUACUCAUUGAUCUAG